AUGGCUACGCAAGACCAGCCGUUGACAUUGAUGGAGCUCCCUUCGGUCCCAGUCAGCCAUGACGACUGGAUUGCACAUGCCGCUGCCCAUCCAAAGGCACCGAUGUGUGACCUCGUCGAACCAUAUAAGGCAUACGAUUCCAAGCUACGUGAGAUAUUCGCCCAGCAACCCGAUUAUACUGCUAUUGGGACGCCCAAUGUUGUUCCAAUAUUUGCAGGUCGCGAGCAUGAGCUCAAGAUACGCGCUCGCAACCUUGCCGAUGAGCCCGAGGCCGAACGUCAACGCUACCUUAUGCCUCUUGACAAGGCAGAUCGCAAGCCGUCUGGCUCUCCAGCCGUCGUGCAAUCGCUUGAUGAGUUCAGAACCAACUUUCAGCUAUUUUCAGAAUCAUCUCUUGUGGACAUGGACUGGUCCAAUGUGGUGGUCGCGGGUAGCGCCGUCGUAACCUCGUUGCUACCUGUACCCGAGAAAUACAAUAGCUCAAAGCGCGCUCUGCGCGAGUACUAUCAUCAACAACUAGCGCCAGCCUCCGACGUCGACCUCUUUCUCUACGGCCUCACCGAAGAGCAGGCUAUCGAGAAGAUCAAGCAGAUUGAACAACGCAUCAAGGAUUCUAUCUUGACUGAGACUACUACCGUCCGAACGAAGAACGCCAUCACUAUCGCGUCACAGUAUCCGACUAGACACGUUCAGAUCGUCCUGCGUAUUUACAGAUCCAUCUCCGAGAUCCUUACAGGCUUUGAUGUGGAUUGCUCCUGUGCCGCAUAUGAUGGCAAGCAAGUCUACGCUAGUCCCCGCGCGCUCGCUGCAUACAUGACCCAGAUCAACACCAUCGACUUGACGCGUCGCUCACCUUCGUACGAGAACCGCCUAUCCAAGUAUGCACGCCGGGGAUUCGAAGUAUACUGGCCGCUCCUUGAUCGUUCGCGCAUCGACCCUACGCUGUUUGAGCGCUCGUUUGGUCGUACUCUUGGACUGGCGAGGUUACUAGUCCUUGAGAAAUUGCCGAAAAGCACCGACCGUGACGCCUAUGUUGACCAGCGCCGUGCAGAACGUGGUAGACCAGCCAUCAACCGGUGGGCAAGACAGAAGUUGAGGGGCGAUAUCAAGCAACAGCACGAUGAAGAUGUUGCUGAAUGGGUUGAAACUGACGAGAUUAGCGACUACCACACCUUCACCGUUCCAUACGGACCAAAGUUCCACGCUCGGAAGAUUGAGAGGCUGUUGUACGCGAAGGACUUGCUACUCAAUGCUGAGUGGAAUCGACCCAAGGAGCGGGAGACUACUCUGCACCGACACCCUGCUUUCUUUGGCAAUGCAACCGACGUGAUAGAGGAUUGCUGUGGCUAUUGCCCUGAGCCUACCACACCCGAGGAUCAAGAGAUCGCAGAAGAAGAAGGCAAGAUCUACGUGUCGGGCACUUUGUCUUUCAUCAAGGACAACCCUGGACGGCAAGCAAUCGGCUCUUUCCACCCACUCACCGAUGAUGACUGGACCGAGAUGGCUUACGUUGGGAACACUGCACGACUAUGCCAGGCUAUCGUUGAAGGAGACGUUGAACAUGUGCAGGACUGGCUAAGCCAAGAGGAUGCAGAUCCCAAUCGACGAGACUAUACCGGGCGUACUCCACUCCAACUAGCAGUCGCAACCUCAACUCCACAGGUCGUCCAAGCACUUAUCGAUGCAGGAGCUCGCAUUGUCGCUCGCCUCUUUGACGGCAAGACCGCCCUCCACCUUGCCGCUAUGCGCGGUGAAGUCGAGAUGGUCAGAGCUCUGCUUUUCAGGAGUGAGGCUAACGAAGCGCUGGAAGCGGAGAAAGAAGCUAUCAAGAAGCGCAACCAGGCCCAGCCGGCAAUCCCUAGUGAUGAAAAUGUCGACGACUCCGAUCAGCAGAUGAGCGAAGACGACGGCCAAGACGAAGACAUCGACAUGCUUGACGAAGACGAUGAGUCUGACAACGCCGAUGCCACUACUGAGGGCUCUGUGAUCAAGAUUGAUCGUAAGAAGUCGCGAGAUCAUGACGACCUCCCAGACGAUGCGAACGAUGACGAACCUGAUGUAUACGACGUCGAUGUAGUCGCCUGGGACGCACCAGUAUCUGCGCUUCAUCUAGCUAUUGCCAAUGGCCACACAGAAGUUGUGAAGACUCUUGUCCAGGAGUUUGGGGCUGAUGUAUUGCUGCCAAUCAAGCUAGUGCACGACCACAACAAGUCUCCACGUGCGGCAAUCCUGCCGUUGGUUCUCGCAUUACAGCUUUCGCCCGGUGAAGCCGAGGAAAUGACCGAGUUGCUCAUUAGUUUGGGUGCAUCACCAGCUCAAGGCGACCUCAACCAUGUUACGGCAUUGCACUACUUUGCUGCGCAUGGCGUUAGUCUGCUCAAAACCAUGAUAUUGGCGAACCGGCCUGCGUCACAACAAGCUACCAACCACCUCGUAAUGAACGGCUAUCAGUACAGUCCACAGGCGAGUAGUGCUCUGAAAAUAGCCAUCGAACACGGUGAUGCCGCUGGUGUCGAAGCCCUGCUGGAACUCGGGGCGAAGCCUGAGAUUGAUUUCGCUACCUACAUUGCUUCUGCGAAGAGCAAAUGGGGCCGCAUGGGCGACGAUACGGAACGCAACCAAAACCAAUUCAGAGAAAACGUCGAGCAGCCCGUACUUGCUGCAGUCCGUUCCGAGGUAACAUCGAUCGUACUCAAGCUUUUGGAUGCUGGAGCAGACAUAAACAGCCUCACCCCCAAAGCUUGGAGCGCUUUGAAUAAGAACAACAACUACCACGACAACGAUACGGGCACUCUUUUGGAUAUUGUUCGUACUACCAUGAGGAAGCUGCGCACCUUCAUCGAGCUAGGGAAAGUCGAUGGUAAGGACGGAUGGCUGUACUCUGAUGGCUGGGUUGACCAAUUCCGUUACUACUACGGAGGUGGAAAUCGAUUUGCACCAAUACCUCUAAAGGAAGACGCCGAAUAUCUCCAAGAGUUGGAACCUGGCACUUACGAUCACUGGAUGGUCAGAAAUCAAAUCGAAACUGCAAAGCAGACUUAUGAAAAAGACCUGAAAGCUCAUGAGGAGUGGAAAAAAUCUGAACAAGAACCUCCAGGGACGGAUGAGAAGAAAGUAGCUGUUCAAUUGGUACUGAAUGAUUUCCAGGCUUUAGAAACCGAACUAUUGAAACGAAACGCGAAGACCUUCAAAGAACUCCACCCGGAUAUCGAGCUUGACGUACCUCGACCAAACCAGUACGACUAUGGAAGAAGUCGCAACGAAGAUCCACCAAAGCCAUGGAGUCCGUUUCUGACCUUCAGGCUUUCGGAUUUGACUAACGAGCGACGGGACGCUUACCUCAGGCUUUUCCAGGCUUGCUGGAAUGCCGAUCUUCUUACAAUCAAGGAACUCACUCUAACAGUCUGGAGUGAGAACCAGAGUCCUUUGAAAGUCGCUGUCACGGACUCGCAGAACUUCUCGCCAUUCUCAAUUGCGAUUCUGCGAAAACAUUAUGGAAUUGCUCGAGCCAUUCUCGAAAUCGCGCAUGCGCAAUAUGCGCCUGAAGAGAAGCCAAUGGUCAAGCACAGCCUACAGCCAAGAGACGAAGACGACGAUAGCUGUGAUGACGACGACAACGAUUUCCAGAUAUAUGCUGAGAUAGUGGACGAUCGCUUCACUAUCGAGAAUAUCGGAGAGGUGCAGAACCAGGUCAAAAGCAACGUGCGGCCAGUACAACUGUUGUCGUGGCAUUACCCCGUGUCUGGUUUCCUCAGCCACGAUGAUACGUCGACAUCUACAUGGCUUACUCCUUCAGGACUCUCCAACAAAAGACAGCAUCUGGGCAGAUCUCAGGCAAGUGGUCGUACGUACGACGCGUCGCGAACGGGUCAGCAAGAGAUUUCCACAGUCGAGCGGCCUGAAAAUCUUUUCCAAUUCGCAAUCUACCUAGACGAUGCCAAUUUACUGCAAUUCUUGAUUGCUAGGGCUGAGGAGUACACGCAACACAGUAUCGAAGCUGAUGAGGAAAACGAUCCUAAAUUCUUCCGUUUCAAUGAAGCAGAUUUCCUGUACGCGAUCCGUCUCGGCCGUACCCGCGCACUGGAAAUCAUUAUCAAGAGCACUGGAGCAGGAAUUCCCCUGGACGAUCUUGUAAAAAAGAGUGGUAUCGAGAUUCCUGUGAAACCAAAGUACUAUCAAGGCUUGUCGGUUCACGGGAAGAAGCGAGCGGAUUGGGCGAAUGAAGGAAGAGAGGUUCGGUCUGAAGCAGUUGGGGCGCAGCACCCGCCCUUGUUGUAUGCUGCUUGGUACGAAAGCAUGGAGAGUGUCGAGUGGUUCGUAAGCGAUACAGCCUUGCGCUGUUACACAGAAUUUGUAGAUACGCAUCGGGACGAUAUCCGCAUCCAGAACUUGGCGAAGACUGAGCGCGGCUUGCAGUCGUCUAUUGCUAAGUGGCUCGACCUACGCUCGCACCUGCUGCUUCACUCAGUGGUUCUUGGUAGGACAAAUGCGGACUCUCUGGCUCUCCUCCGAUAUCUAUGUAACACCCAUCCUAAGGCCCUUGAGCACCGUUCUGCGAGCGGUAUGACGCCUUUGCAGCUUGCUUUCGCCCUGCAUCGUGUUGAGAUGGUUAAGAUUCUUCUGGAAGCUGGCGCUGACCAGACUACACGCGACAAUACUAGGGCGAAUAUUGUCCACUCUAUCUUCAACAACAUUGACCGGCAGAACAAAGGCUUGGAAAAAGUCAAGGAGUUGCUCGGUCUCAUCGAUCCUCGCCUCUUCUCUAGCUUGUUCUCCGAGCGCACGACGGACAUGCCUGGUGCCGCUACACCCCUUGCGCGCUGGCUGCAUUCCGCUUCUUCCGUUGGCAGCGUGACUGUGCCGUAUAACGAAGAAGUUCUCAAGAUCAUACUCGAGUUCAGCAAGGGCGAUGACCUGAGUGUCGUCAACGGCGAAGGUGAUACGCCCAUGCACACUGUAGUGCGACGCGGUGAUGACGCACUCCUACGAAUCAUGCUCGAAAACCGUCCCGACCUUCUUUUCCGCGAGAAUGCAUCAGGGCGCACGCCCUUCGAGGUGGCCGAGGAUGCGUAUCUAGCCAACGAUGUGUUCAGCAACCCUCCGUCUCUGUCGGGUUCCAGCCACUCUUACUACCGUCGGGGAGGGCGUCGUCGUGGUCACGAACAACCGAAGAUCAGCGUUCUCAAGCGCGAUUCAAAGACCUUUGUAGAAGAGCCCGAAGACAUCCGCUCUGGCGAGGAGAAGGUGUUACAGGUCUGCAGGGAGUUUUCGAAGAAAAAUCAUGGACAGAAGAGGAAGCUUGUUAGUCUGGUCGAAGCUAAUGAAGUCGCGAAGAGACUGGCGUCGCGAGAACGCAGUGUUCCUGUAGAGGAUGAUGAUUUUGUGACGAGCGAAGAAACUACCGGAGGCGACGAGGUCGACGCAUGGUUUUCACAGGCGAUCUCUGCAGAUCAUUAA